AUGCCCGUCGACGAGAACGACAAGUCUGCUGGCGAGACCGAGCUCAUCUCCCAAGUCCAGGGCGGCAAGCUCAAGGUGGACAACCUCUUCAACGUGGACGGAUGGGUCGCUGUAGCUACGCUCGCCGAGAACGGCGCUCGCGUGUAUAUCUCCGGACGCCGCGGCGAGGUGCUCAAGAAGGCUGCUGAGCUCGGCAAGCCGACCUCAGGCAAGGGAGAGAUCAUCCCCGUCGAAGCGGACUGUUCGACGAAGGAUGGCAUUCAGAAGCUCGUCAAGGCCGUCUCCGCCAAGGAGAAGCAGCUGAACGUCCUGAUCAACAACCACGGUGUCUCCAUGCCUAAACCGAACAUCAACGUGGAGCAGACGCCAGAGGCGCUCUCGAAGGAAAUGUUCGAGAACGAAGAGAUGGACCGCUUCCUGCAGACGUAUCAGAUCAACACGGCGUCUUACUACUUCACCGCGUGGGCGUUCCUGCCUCUCCUGUCUGCGUCGAAGGAGCCGUGGGGCGAGCCGGGCAGCAUCCUCAACAUUGCCAGCAUGAGCGGCAUCACGUACACGAGCCAGAAGGGACAGUUCAACUACAAUGCGAGCAAGGCCGCGACUAUCUCGUUGACGAACCAGCUCGCCUGUGAGUUUGCGCGCCUCGAUCUCGGCGUGCGCGUGAACUCCAUCAACCCUGGUUACUUCCCCUCGGGCAUGACCAAGUUCACCACCGACUCGAGCGACGCUAGCGAGCGCGAGUACUUCCGGAAGACCAUGGGCACGCCGCUUGCACGCGCGGGCCAGGCGACCGACCAUGCACAGGCUGUGCUUGCGGCAGUCUGCAACCGUUUCAUGACGGGCUGCAACCUUGUCGUCGACGGUGGAUGGCUGCUUGAGCAGAGCUUGGACUAG